CAGAGUUCGGAUGGGGAAUUGCCAGGCGGUUGAUGCGGCGGCUCUGGUUAUACAGCACCCAACUGGCCGGAUUGAGAGGCUGUAUUGGCCGGUGGUGGCUAGCGAGGUCAUGAGAACUAAUCCGGGUCACUAUGUUUCUCUUAUAAUUCCCUUACCUCAAUCUGAGGAUGACAAUCCGGAGCCCAAAACGGUGCGUUUUACUCGUGUUAAGCUUCUCCGGCCAAACGACACUCUUGCUCUUGGCCAUGCCUAUCGGCUCGUCACCACUCAGGAGGUUAUGAAGGUGUUGCGGGCUAAAAAGUAUGCAAAAUCCAAGAAGCCAUUGAUGGAGUCGGAGGAGAAGCGGACUGCCGGCGGUGAAGUAGAAGAGACGGAGAAGAACCAGCAGGUAAACCCAAAUUGUUUCCCUUGGAAUCAGAAUCGAUCACUGCAACAGAAAAGUGAAAAAGUCAAACAUGAUUGUGAUUGGGAAUCAUUUUCCGAGAUAAAAUCAUACCAAUAAUCUCUCUGAAAAAACAAAAAACAUUGCAGGCAGUCAAACAUGAAAGACAUCGAAUUCGAACACCAGCAGCAAAUGCCACUGCGGCGAGGUCAAAGGCUUGGAGACCAUCAUUGCAGAGCAUCUCUGAAGCUGCCGCCUGAUUUAUGUGUCAUACUUUUUUUCAUCAUAACAAGCACAAGCGUGGUUCAUACGGCAGAGAAUAGAGGAGUUUGAUUUAAGAUGCUCGUUGCAAUGGCAGAGGAUUCAGAGAGAGCUUGAAAAUGGGCAUCCAAGUUUCCAAUUCAGUGUGAAACCAGAGCCCCAGAAUGAUUCAUGUACUGCAAGAAAUAAGGCAUUUGUAUAGCAACAAAGAUAUCAAAUCAAUGAAAUUGACAAUGUAUUGGAGUAA